CAAAUCUGAACCCUUCCCGGGCCUGCCCGGAGACCAGAGUCUCAGCAAGUUCAGGAGCUGCGGGGACGCGCGGCGCCCCCUGGCGGCUGGGUAAAACCUCGCAGAAAGUAGGAGCUAGUUUAUUCUGCCAACUGCGCGGGGAGGGGGUGCGUCUGCAGUGUCUCGGGGUUGAAGAGGGGGAGGCCUCAGACUUCUCGCUGGCCUGGGAUUCCUCCGUGACAGCAGCAGGAGGCCUAGAAGGAGAGCCGGAGUGCGAUCGGAAAACCAGCCGUGCGCUGGAAGACAGGAACAGCGUGACAAGUCAAGAGGAGAGAAAUGAGGAUGAUGAAGACAUGGAGGAUGAAUCAAUUUACACCUGCGAUCACUGUCAGCAGGACUUCGAGUCUCUGGCAGACCUGACGGACCACCGGGCCCACCGCUGUCCUGGAGAUGGUGAUGACGACCCACAACUCUCCUGGGUGGCCUCGUCUCCCUCCAGCAAGGAUGUUGCGUCACCCACGCAGAUGAUCGGAGAUGGUUGUGACCUCGGCCUCGGCGAGGAGGAAGGGGGCACGGGCCUGCCGUACCCUUGCCAAUUCUGUGACAAGUCCUUCAUCCGCCUGAGCUACUUGAAGAGGCACGAGCAGAUCCACAGCGACAAGCUGCCGUUCAAGUGUACCUACUGCAGCCGCCUCUUCAAGCACAAGAGGAGCCGCGACCGGCACAUCAAGCUGCAUACGGGCGACAAGAAGUACCACUGCCACGAGUGCGAGGCGGCCUUCUCCCGCAGCGACCACCUCAAGAUCCACCUGAAGACCCACAGCUCCAGCAAACCCUUCAAGUGCACUGUGUGCAAGCGUGGCUUCUCCUCCACCAGCUCGCUGCAGAGCCACAUGCAGGCCCACAAAAAGAACAAGGAGCAUCUGGCCAAGUCAGAGAAGGAAGCCAAGAAGGACGACUUCAUGUGCGACUACUGCGAGGACACCUUCAGCCAGACGGAGGAGCUGGAGAAGCACGUGCUCACCCGCCACCCACAGCUGUCCGAGAAGGCAGACCUGCAGUGUAUCCACUGCCCCGAGGUCUUCGUCGACGAGAACACGCUGCUCACCCAUAUCCACCAAGCCCACGCCAACCAGAAACACAAGUGCCCCAUGUGCCCUGAGCAGUUCUCCUCCGUAGAAGGUGUCUACUGCCACCUGGACAGCCACCGGCAGCCCGACUCCAGCAACCACAGCGUCAGUCCUGACCCCGUACUGGGCAGCGUGGCCUCCAUGAGUAGCGCCACGCCUGACUCCAGCGCUUCUGUGGAGCGCGGCUCCACCCCGGACUCCACCUUGAAGCCGCUGCGGGGGCAGAAGAAGAUGCGGGAUGACGGGCAGGGCUGGACCAAGGUGGUCUAUAGCUGCCCCUAUUGUUCCAAGCGGGACUUUAACAGCCUGGCCGUGCUGGAGAUCCACCUGAAGACCAUCCAUGCGGACAAGCCCCAGCAGAGCCACACGUGUCAGAUCUGCCUGGACUCCAUGCCCACCCUCUACAACCUCAAUGAGCACGUUCGCAAGCUGCACAAGAACCACGCCUACCCCAUGAUGCAGUUUGGCAACAUCUCCGCCUUCCACUGCAACUACUGCCCCGAGAUGUUCGCCGACAUCAAUAGCCUGCAGGAGCACAUCCGUGUCUCCCACUGCGGCCCCAACACCAACCCCUCUGAUGGCAAUAACGCCUUCUUCUGCAACCAGUGCUCCAUGGGUUUCCUCACUGAGUCCUCCCUCACCGAGCACAUCCAGCAGGCCCACUGCAGUGUGGGCAGUGCCAAACUAGAGUCUCCGGUGGUGCAGCCCACGCAGUCCUUCAUGGAGGUCUAUUCCUGCCCCUACUGCACCAACUCCCCCAUCUUUGGCUCCAUCCUGAAGCUCACCAAGCACAUCAAGGAGAACCACAAGAACAUUCCACUGGCCCACAGCAAGAAGUCCAAGGCUGAGCAGAGCCCAGUCUCAUCCGACGUGGAAGUGUCUUCCCCGAAGCGGCAGCGGCUCUCAGCAAGCGCCAACUCCAUCUCCAAUGGCGAGUAUCCUUGCAAUCAGUGCGACCUCAAGUUCUCCAACUUUGAGAGCUUCCAGACCCACCUGAAGCUGCACCUGGAGCUGCUGCUGCGGAAGCAGGCGUGCCCCCAGUGCAAAGAGGACUUUGACUCCCAGGAGUCCCUCCUGCAGCACCUGACGGUGCAUUAUAUGACCACGUCGACCCACUAUGUGUGCGAGAGCUGCGACAAGCAAUUUUCCUCCGUGGAUGACCUGCAGAAGCACUUGCUGGACAUGCACACCUUCGUGCUGUAUCACUGUACCCUGUGUCAGGAGGUCUUCGACUCCAAGGUGUCUAUCCAGGUGCACUUGGCAGUGAAGCACAGCAAUGAGAAGAAGAUGUACCGCUGCACGGCCUGCAACUGGGACUUCCGCAAGGAGGCUGACCUGCAGGUGCACGUCAAACACAGCCACCUGGGCAACCCAGCCAAGGCUCACAAGUGCAUCUUCUGUGGGGAGACCUUCAGCACCGAGGUGGAGCUGCAGUGCCACAUCACCACACACAGCAAGAAGUAUAACUGCAAGUUCUGCAGCAAGGCCUUCCACGCCAUCAUCCUGCUGGAGAAGCACCUGCGGGAGAAGCACUGUGUGUUUGAUGCUGCAACUGAGAAUGGCACGGCCAACGGGGUGCCCCCCACGGCCACCAAGAAAGCUGAGCCUGCUGACCUGCAGGGUAUGCUGCUUAAGAACCCUGAGGCGCCUAACAGCCACGAGGCCAGCGAGGAUGACGUGGACGCGUCGGAGCCCAUGUACGGCUGCGACAUCUGUGGGGCGGCCUACACCAUGGAGGUGCUGCUGCAGAACCACCGGCUGCGGGACCACAACAUCCGGCCAGGCGAGGAUGAUGGCUCACGCAAGAAGGCUGAGUUUAUCAAGGGCAGCCACAAAUGCAAUGUUUGCUCACGGACUUUCUUCUCGGAGAACGGGCUACGGGAGCACCUGCAGACGCACCGGGGCCCUGCCAAGCACUACAUGUGUCCCAUCUGUGGUGAGCGUUUCCCUUCGCUGCUGACGCUCACUGAGCACAAGGUGACCCACAGCAAGAGCCUGGACACGGGCACCUGUCGCAUCUGCAAGAUGCCCCUGCAGAGCGAGGAGGAGUUUAUCGAGCACUGCCAGAUGCACCCUGACCUGCGCAACUCGCUCACGGGCUUCCGCUGUGUGGUCUGCAUGCAGACGGUCACCUCCACGCUCGAGCUCAAGAUCCACGGCACCUUCCAUAUGCAGAAGCUGGCAGGCAGCUCGACGGCAUCCUCCCCGAAUGGCCAGGGACUGCAGAAGCUCUACAAGUGCGCCCUGUGCCUCAAGGAGUUCCGCAGCAAGCAGGACCUGGUGAAGCUCGACGUCAAUGGGCUGCCCUAUGGCCUCUGCGCCGGCUGCAUGGCCCGCAGCGCCAAUGGACAGGUUGGUGGCCUGGUCCCGCCCGAGCCCGCCGACCGGCCCUGUGCCGGCCUCCGCUGCCCCGAGUGCAGUGUCAAGUUCGAGAGUGCCGAAGACCUGGAGAGCCACAUGCAGGUGGACCACCGUGACCUCACACCGGAGACCAGUGGGCCCCGCAAAGCCACCCAGACAUCGCCAGUGCCCCGGAAAAAGACAUACCAGUGCAUCAAGUGCCAGAUGACCUUCGAGAACGAGAGAGAGAUCCAAAUCCAUGUUGCCAACCACAUGAUUGAGGAAGGCAUCAACCACGAGUGUAAGCUGUGCAACCAGAUGUUCGACUCCCCAGCCAAGCUUCUCUGUCACCUCAUUGAGCACAGCUUCGAGGGCAUGGGCGGCACCUUCAAAUGCCCUGUGUGUUUCACAGUCUUUGUCCAGGCCAACAAGUUGCAGCAGCACAUCUUUGCCGUGCACGGGCAAGAGGACAAGAUCUACGACUGCUCGCAGUGCCCUCAGAAGUUCUUCUUCCAGACUGAGCUGCAGAACCACACGAUGAGCCAGCACGCACAGUGAGGGAUCGCUCAACAGGACACCUCUCCGCAGAAGGCUUGCCGGAGACGCCGUGGGGAGGGCCAUUUGAACAUUACAUCCAAUCAAAGUGUCAUUUGCAACCCAGAUGUAAAACUCUAAUGAUUUGGCCAUGAGGCGCUGCUAUUAUAAGCAGCUGGAAAUGAAUAUUAAUGGCAGAGAUUAAAAGUAUUCCAUGCUCAGUAUUUUUUAUUGUCCUGCUACAGCUAGUGUGCUUUUAGAGUUUCCGCCGCAGACUACAUUUCUAGAGUUAGAGAAACCCGCUUUUUAAGGCUAUUGUCCUUUGUUCCUUCAUGUAUUAUAUUGAUAGUUUUUAAAAAAGAAUUAGUGUGAUUUUUUUUCUUUGCUUCUUUUUUUUUCUUUCUUGUUUUUCUUUCUCCCCCUUCGGUUAACUACUUUUUAAUUGCAAUUCUAGGUAAUUGUGCAUCGUGAUGUGAUUGCUUGGCUAUUGUCUGAAUAUUUCCUUUUAAUUUUUUAAUUAAAGACUAAUGCUUUGAUUGGAUUUGCCAGUUCACCGGACAGUGAUUAAAACUAUGUAAUGAAUAUAAUCGGUUUCAGUGCAACUGGAUGGUCUGCUUUUAAAUGUGACUUAAUCUGACUGCAGUAACUAGUACAGUUCAAUAAAGGGAAUCCAUGCGAUUAGCAUCCGGCUGCCUGGUUCUCUCCUCCCCAGCCUAGGGCCGCGUGGGGGGCUGUCAGUUCCUGUGAGGUGUGUUCCCCUACAAGUUCCUGUGAGCUUGCAUAUGCUCUUGGGGACCUGCACACAAUAGACCCUGCUUCCCCUGGAAAAGAAUCAUAGUAACCUAAUGCACGCAGACUGGACAGGCUGGCAGUGGCCAUAGAAGUCAAAGCAGAAGACCCCUUAAUGAUGGAAUACCCUAAUCUUCCCACUCAUGGAUCAGAAAACAGAGGCCCAGGGGUAACGUGCAGGUUUCCCAAGGCCACGCAGCAGGUUGGUCACCAUGCUCAUCGCGAUGUCUUCUUGGUUUUCCCUUCAGGGUUGGCUUUCCCCUGUGUUGGAUACUGGCAGGCAAGUGGUUAGCCCUUCCCUUGCCAGGACUCCAGGUGGCACUUGGAUUCUGAGGAGAUGUAUGACUGGGGACUGCAGAGCAGAGCCACGUAGGAGCCGCAGGUUCCCAGUCAUAGAGAUCAGUGAGAUGUGAGAGCAGAGACUAGUGGCCGCGGCCAGGUCUGGAGUGAGGCAGGUAGGGGCCUGGGGUACGUUAUUUCAGGGGGCACUCGCUGUCACAGCCCCCUUACACCUGCAAGUGCUGGGAAUGAGUGUCCUCUUGUAUUUUGCACUCUAGAUACCUUCCUUAUUUCACCUACUCCUGGCCCUGCUGGCAUCCCAGGGCCCACCCAGCAGCCUUGGUCUCCAGGCCUCCUCCAUUUUACUUCUCACACCUCCGUCAUGCUGGUGCUCAGCUGACUUGCCAAUCAGAGGCCGGAACUUGCACAGGGAAACCCUUCCUUGCUAACUUUUCACAAGGGGCAUGGAAAUUGGUUAUUACCCUCUGCAGAGCGGAAAUGAAACAGGCAGACAGAUUGCACCUAAUUAUAAUGUAAUACUAAGUCACUGGCGUGGAAUUUGGAGCAAUUAUACCGAUCAUCUUCUAGAAGACUCCCAUAUCAAGGGGCUUCCAGUGACCUAUAAGAGUUCCCCUUUCUUUCUGUCACCUCAUGUAAUGUUCUCACACGGGCGGGGCUUUCAGUUUUUCAAAAGGCAUCUUACACAUGUGAAUCAUAGAGCAGACCCUGCCAGUAGUGGGCUGUUGCCUUCUGGAAACUGAAGGCUGUGAAUGCCAAUUUUCAGCCUCUGGAGACUUGGCAGUUUUGGGGUUAGACCCCAGGGUAGACACCAGUGUUCCCCUAAGUGUGCCCACCCAUGGACUGGGGCUUGGGGCCUGGGGCUCGGGCUAUGUCUGAGUGAGGCUGUCACACGUCCACAGCCAGGCCUGCCUUUUGGGCAGUGCUGGGACUGUCGAUGGGACCAGUGUGUCCCGGGGCCUGUCACAUCUCCGACUCAGGGCCCUCUCCAGCUCUGGAUUUAUCCCAAACCCCAUGGAGCCCAGGUGAGCCCUCAGUAAGUACCAAUAGAAGAUUUGAUUUGACGGUUGGUGGCGUAGGGCUAAAUUAGUCACUGCCCCCAUUAAAAAUACAGCGGGGGGUUUAAGAGCUUUUCACGCCAUGUGGGAAUCAGCAGCGAAGCCGGCUGAUGCCUUGGGUAAGGAGAGAGGCGGCCUAGGGGACUGCGAGGUAAUGAGGUUUAUGGCGGUGACAAGGCAGCCAGGGAACCCCACCGACUCCCCCCUCACCCCGGCCCUAUUGUUCUCCAGCUGGCUCUGUCCCCGCUGCUACGGCCGAGAGCCCCUCGUGACUUCGUGUGGGAAGGGGGCUGGCAGUGGGGACACUGAGGCCCUUCCUGGGACUGGCAUUCUUUACCAUCAGGCAGUAUUAGGGUGAGGGAGUACCUGUGCCUCAGAGAACCCACUACCCCUUUCCAGAGGAAUGGUCUGGAGCUGGGAUGAGACACUUGGCUUUCAACUGUGAGGGGCCUUGGAGGGUCUCUGGGAGGCUUGUAUGAAAUAAUGCCCGAAAAAGGGCUGCACACAGAGACCUGCAGGCAGCAUGGUCGUCAAUGAUGGCGCCAGGCAUCCUGCAGGAGGGCACCUUUUCAGCCAGGAGGGCGCAAUGGAAUCAGCCUCUCGUGGAUUUGGCUUUGGGGAGUGGGCGAGGUGACUGAAAGCCUAAGAUUCGUUGCUGCUAUAUUUAGAUGUACAAAUUGUCAGUUCUAGCGGCUCUCUGGGUGGAGGAAUUUUGCCCAGGCUGGGAAAUGGACCAGGACCCUCGGGCCACAGGCCCCUGUCGUGGAGCACCUGUCCAGAGUGCCCAGAAGCAGGCAGGUAAGGGUUUCAGUCUCAGUGGAGAAACUGUCAUGGGAGGAAUCUUCUCGAGUUCCCCAUCCUUAAAGAAUUCUCCUUUUAAUCUCACAGUUGCAUAAUAUUGAACUUUUCACCUGUUUUUCUUCCCUCCUAAGGUAUGUGUUCCUAGGAAUGGGACCUGUACCUACAAAUAUUCAGUAAAUAGGACCAAAACUCAAAUCCAUGCCUUCUUCCACUCAUCCAUUCAGCAGAUAUUUACUGAGCUGCCCCCAUGUGCCAGGCACUGUACAGGGCACUGGGGAUAAGGAGAUGACCAGCAGAUGUGGCCCCUGGUCUCAUGGAGGCCACAGUGGCACAGCCAAGCAUGCCAGUAAAUGCAUAGCGAUACCUUGUCAUGAGUGCCGUGAUGGCAAAGCCAGAAACUGCCAGGGAUUAAUGGAGGGACCCAUGUAUGAGACACAGGCGUGCAUUAAGGAAGGCCUUGCUGAGGCAGGGGCUUGAGACCUGAAGAAAGAAGGGAGGUGGGCAGUCCAAGAGCAGUGGGAAGAGAGCACUGCAAAUGCAGAAGCCAUGAGCUGGAAACAAGCCAGAAGUACCCUGAGAGAUCUGUAUUCCUAUGGAGUUUCAAUUCUAGAUGACCUAAAACAAUCCCAGAGAAGUUCAGAAUCUUGUCCAAGAUCAUACCAUUCAGGAUAGACUUGCGACUAUAACUUGGGUGCCUCGCCUUCCAGCCUGGGGUGUCUGACUCCAUUGUUAAUUUUAUUAUAAUAAUCAUGAUGAUGACAAUCAAUAAAGUGGUGUUGUACUGUA